AUUACUUCCAGGAGACGCAGCGGCGCACCCGGACUCCAGGCUUUUCCUUUACCGUGUGCGUGUGCAACUUAUGGCACGGCGCUAGCAGGGGCGGAGGACUCCCUGAGCAUUUUUCUUAGCCCACACUGUGUAUGGAAAGUGCUCCUGGAUGGACCUGGGCGACAACGGCUGGUCCAUGGUCAAGCGCGAAGUGUCCAGCAGCCCAGGGUCACCGGCUGAGCAGAGCUACCUGCCCGGUGACGGCAGGAGGGACGAGCUGAGGACUCCUCCGAGCGAGCUGGACGCGCUGGGCCACCGCCGCUCCGACAGCCGGUCGCUACACUCCUACCUUCACUUCGGACACCACAACAACAGCCUGAGCGCCGCCGCCGCCGCCGCCGCCGCGGAGGACAUCCCGCUCUUCACGGACUUGGACCAGGGCAGCAAGCUCGUCCUCUCCGCCGGAGCGCACAAAGCCGGCCUGCUGGUGGACCCCGCAGACAUGUACCAGACGCUGGCCAUCGCGGCGGCGCAGAGCCAGACUGGAUACGAGUCGUCCUCCGGCGGAUACAUGCACUCCAACCCCAACUCCCCCGUGUACGUGCCCAGCUCCCGGGUGGGGCCCAUGAUCCCCAGCCUGUCUUACCUGCAGAGCGGCGCCUCCGCCCAGCCCGGCCACGCCGUCUCCAGCCACUCGGUGUGGUCUCAGUCGGCCCCGGAGAGCCCGUCGUACAGCACCGGGAGCCCGCACGCCUCGGGCCGCUUCCACUACCCCCCGAGCCCGCCCAUGAAUAACGGGGCGCCCCGGGGAGACGGCGGCUACACGAACACGCUGAACGUGGGCAGCAGGGACCAGUACGGCCUCUCCCGGCCCCUGAGCGGCACCUACCCGAGCCCCUACUCCCCGUACGUGGCGCAGCAGCUGCCCUCUCCCUGGACCGGGCCGCCCUUCGACAACACCAUGCUGCACACCCUGCAGAGCAGGAGCGCGCCCCUCAUCCGAGGACCAAACGGAGUUUCAGAUAUCCUGGAUGACAUGGGGGAGAGCCGGGAGUGCGUCAACUGCGGCUCCAUCUCCACGCCGCUCUGGAGGCGCGACGGCACGGGCCACUUUCUCUGCAACGCCUGCGGCCUCUACAGCAAAAUGAACGGCCUGAGCCGGCCAUUAAUUAAACCGCAGAAACGCACGUCCACGUCCAGAAGAAUCGGCCUGUCCUGCGCCAACUGUCAGACCAGCACGACCACCCUGUGGCGCCGGAACGCGGAGGGGGAGCCGGUGUGUAACGCCUGCGGCCUCUACACUAAAUUACACGGGGUGCCUCGGCCGCUCGCCAUGAAGAAAGAGGGAAUCCAGACGAGAAAAAGAAAACCCAAAACUCUGAACAAAACCAAGGGAUCCUCUGGAAAUAACUCGGUGUCCAUGACUCCCACAUCAACCUCUUCGUCCAAUUCUGAAGACUGCUCGAAGAACAGCUCUCCCUCUGCUCAGGUGACCGGGGUCAGCUCGUCCGUGCUGUCCAGCUCGGGGGAGGGCGCCGGCUCGGCCUCGGCCUCGGUGAAGUACCCGGGACAGGAGAGCCUGUACGGCGGCGGCGUGGGCCUGGGCCAGUCGUCAGAGGUGGCGCCGGUGCGGGGUGAACCCUGGUGCCCCAUGGCCUUGGCCUGAACAUCCCAACCGCUGUGAGGAGGGGGCCGUGGACGGAAAACAAAGCCCCCUUUGCCCCCCCGCCCACUGCGCCCUCUGGUCUGGAUGCUGUGUGGAAGUAUCGGAGGCGGAGCGGGAGAUGAUGUUUGCUUUCCUUAAUCUCUGGAAGAGCUUCCACAUUAUGGAUUAUCUGGCGCUGGGGGUCGAGAUCGGGGCGUCGACGUGGAGACGAAGGGAAUCUUCAGGCCAGACGAUCAACUCCGGCGGUUCAGCGGCUCCUGGACCCGCUUUGAGCUCAGCGUCUCUCCAGAACCAACGCCGGCGGUCUUUAGAGAAAACAAGCCAUCGUGUACAUACCGGAUUUCCUCUGAAGACACAAAGAAAGGUGUUGAUUGGAUAUAAACACUCUUUAAAGGACUCUUUUAGUUUCUUCCACAACUGGAAUCAUACCGUAAAGUGACGAGACGACUCUUAUGAAUCAAAAGCAAACAAAUAUUUAUAAAUCUUCCAUUGUUGAAAACAUGGCUCUGAUUGUUAAUAAAAACCAUGGCUGUAGAGUAGAAGUCCAAACAUUCUGAUGUCGUCUUUUCUAUUCCUCUUUGUUUUUUUGUGAGAGGUAGUUAGUGUUUUCCACUGAAAGCUCUUACUGUAUCUGACUUGGUUUAAACAGGGUAUGAGUGAAUGUGUAUUCCCCCCCCCCCCAACAUUUAAUCAGCCCGUUCUGUCUCCAUGUUGUCGGUCGGCACGAGGUACUGAAGAGCUCAUGUAUUUUUUAUGUUGAACAAAGCACACCCACAGAGACUGUUGCCUGCACCUGACUCGGACCACCUUUUCAGAGCAUGCCCCCCCCCCCCCCCCUCUGCUGCCUUCUCAAGCCAAAUUACUUCCAGAGAGAUAAACGAGGUCACAAACUUCACGCUGACGUGAUUAACGGCUCCGCGGUUGCAUGUACGCCGAUGAUUCACUGCCGUUUGUUUUAACCCUUCUGUGAUGCUGCAGGUCAGACUCACCUGUCGUUAACCCUCCACAUUCAACACAAACAUUUCUCUAC